AUGUUUCUUUUCGGAGGCUAUCAAGAUCCUAAAAAGAUUGCGAAAAUUGAUGAAUGCUUGAUCGAGGACACUGGCAAACGGCUCAUCAAUGAUUUUUAUGCUGGUACUGGUUCUUUAAUCACAAUUCCUGAAGUUGUGGAGGAAACUGUUCUCUGCAAUUCUGACAGUGCGGCUCUCAAAUGCGAAAGCUUUAAUGGCGAAACUAUUCGAGCAAUAAGCGAUGUCAAAGUCCAGCAUAAGCGUGCUUGUAUGAGUCUUUAUCAUGGACAAGCGGCGAUUAUUGCUGGUUAUCAAUCAAGCUCCGUCGAAAUUCUGGAAUUUAGUGGUUGGCAAGACUUGACAACGCAUCCUGGUGGAUCUAAAUUUUACUACCACACUUGCGCGUCCACAGAAGAUGGUAUCAUAACUAGGCCUCGGACGUAA